UGCCUUUCUCCAACCAACCAAGACCACACCACGAUCACCCAGCCCCUCCCACAUACAUUUCCCGAGGGCGUCAAAAGCCCAUCCAUGAUGUCUUUCAGUACAUUUCCCGUAUAUAACUCAGAUAUGGGCACCCUGGAGGUGAAUAUCUCUGAAGAGAUUCAGGUUGCCGACAUCAAAGAUCAGAUCUUCCAACAGCUCAAAAUACCUCCUUCAUCCCAGAUUCUGACUGCCGGGGGAUUGAUGCUCUCGGACGGCAUGGGACUCGAGGAAAUCAAAAGAACGCAAUGCUCUCGCCUCGGGUUGAUUAUUCGAGAGCAUCGACCAUACGAAGUUCCCACGAGAAAACCCAAAGAAGUCAGGAUCGAAUUCGACGUCUCAUUCGAAAAGCAGUGGUUCCCGUUUUCAUGCACCCAGAGCACGCGAGAUCUGGUCUAUCAUGUCAAGAGAAAAGUCUCAGAAAGCUAUAAGAUACCUGUCAAGUACCAGCAGCUGUCGUACGGUGACACGGACGACAUGAAUAACGGCCGCCAGUUAUCCUACUACCUGGUGUCUGGCAGCAGAGACGUUGAGUCAUCCGUUCGUUUGCGCUUCACAUACGUUGGACCCGAGGUAUCAGAGGACGACCCAAAAUUCAAAUCGAGACAGAUAUUCGUGAAAACGUUGGCGGGGAAGACCAUAACAAUCAACAACACCACGGAAGUCACCACGAUUUUCACUCUCAAAUGCUUGAUCCAAGAGAAAGUAGGCACCCCGACGGAUGAGCAGAGGCUAAUAUACGGAGGAAAACAACUCCCAGACUUGGGAACAUUAGGAGAUUAUGGGAUCGAAGCCGAGUCGACAGUUUAUCUGAUGCUGCGACUGCGGGGGGGUUAGAAGGAUUCUUGUGGCCGCGUAGUCGCCGACUCCUUUGACCACGAUGCACAGCACCCUCGUCCCAGACGCCCUCGCCUCUAUCUCGAACGCCAUGAGGCCGUGACGCUUGGCCACCCUGCCGCGGUCCUCACCGGACUUUACCACCAUGUCGCCCGACCCGACGCGCCCGAUGAAUAUUGAAGGCGCCUGCGCCUCAUUGCCGCGGCCCUCACGCUCCAGCUGUCGAUUUCAGCCGCUCCCGCCGCACCAUGUACUUGUCUGUUAUGGUUGUCCCUGGGGAUCCGUCGUAUGGUACGUAGGAUCUGACGGUGUGCAAGUAGAUGUCGACGGUUGGUACAAGACGCUCAUGUAUCAGGAGAUAUCAUAGUAUUUAAUGGUACUUGGUAAUAUGUCUUGAUAAUGUAUGAGUAAAGUCUUCAUUGUUGACCUCAAUGUUCCUGAGGUCAGGUUCUACCUUUUAUAGGGGAGUCGUGCUAUUCACA